AUGGUUCAAAUUGUUGGUCACAGGGCUUUCAAAGGUCAAUACAUUGAAAAUACAUCUAUUGCAUUCGAAAGGGCAUAUGAGGCCAAGUCUGAGAUCAUAGAGACAGAUCUACAAAUGACAAGAGAUGGUGUCGUCGUUGUGAACCAUGACUCAGACACUGGAAGGAUUUGGGAUCAUGAAAUGGUUAUUUCGGAACAUAAUUAUGAUGAAGUAAGUAAACUAAGAUGUAAAGAUGAUGCCACUUUGAAGAUGUUGACGUUAGUCGAACUUUUAGAGUGGGCUGUUGAUCAUCCAAAUACAAGACUAAUGUUGGAUAUUAAGUUUAGCAAUAAUAAGAUUAUUUUGAUCAAGGCGUACGCAGCUAUGUUAAGUGUAAAGAAUGAUAUCAAGUAUUGGCAAUCAAGGGUUAUUUGGGGGUUAUGGCUAGUCGACUGGUUCGAGUAUGGUGUCGAAACAGGUGUGUUAAAAGAUUUUGAUAUAGUGGUAAUUUCGUUUUCUCUGGAUAUUGUGAAACAAUUCGUCGAAUAUUCCCACUCAUUGAAUAACCCACAUUAUAAACUAUUUGGAAUAAGUAUUCAUUUCGUUGCUUCAUGGACUGAAAGGUUUAGAAAUAUCAUGUUACCAGUUCUUCAAGAAAGAGGAGUUAAAAUCUUUCUCUGGACUGUCAACAAAUUGAUAGACUUCAAGUAUAUGUCAGGAUUACCCGUUUAUGGUGUGGUUACGGACGAUCCCAUCGUUGCCCGCCAAUUGUGUAUUGAGUAUCCAUAUAUCAGUGAAUUCACUGUUCCUGCAUGGACAACUUUCAAUGGUCUCAGGUUUCAUGUAUAUUUGAUAGUGUACGAAAUAGUAUGCUCACUAUUACUGAAACCGUGGGUCCACCGUCAGUUCGCCGGAUUUUCCUUUGCAUACUUUUUGUUUCUAUCGCUGAGAAAAAUGCAUUUACUAUAG